ACUCGGCCUAUCGGUUGUCGCCUUCACGCCACAAUAGCUACCACUGAUGGAAUAUCUCCUAUUGAGGCUGGUUUUGAUGUUCUUCGCCUAUGGGAUGCUCGGAAGGCUGGAUCACCCGACCAGCUAGUUGGCAGAUCUGCCGAAGGCUCUGCUAUCCUAAGAUGCCUUGUACCGCCGCCUAAAUCUUGUUCCAAUGGCCUAAGCAAGACCUAUUCUGAUGAAAAAUCCACUCAUGUAACUUCUUCCACCACUACUAAACCGUGUUCAAGUGCUUAUGAAUCACUUUACUUCACGGAGCCAUUCUACGAAGUUAAGUUAGAGGUUCCACAAACAUACUCCCUCAUUUUUGCUGGCUACUACUAA